UCGGGCGUUUGCUGUGUGGGGCUGCCGCGCCGCUGGGCCCGGGUGCCUGUCGCGGCUCCUCGGGGCGAGCCUCCCCUCGCCUGCCCUGGACAGAGGUGAUGGGGGACUCUAAGGAGGCCGGGGCCGAGGCUCCGCCGGCCGGGGCCGCUGCUCGCGGAGGGCUCAGCCUCCUGUCCCAAGGCGAGAACGAGGAAGCUUCUGCACAGGGAUCAGCUUUAUUCCUUGGAGGCAGUGAAGUGAAGAGCCGAGCUGUGGUGAAGUACUCUUCUGCCCCCCCUCGGACAGCAUUUGCACGCCUGGAAGAGAAAACAGACUUGAAACUCCCACCUGCCAACUGGUUACGAGAGAGUGCCAAACUAGGGCCGGCAGGAACUACCAUUCUUGGCAAUAGUAGGAAAAGCAAGCCGUUUUCCAGCUUUGGGAUGGCGUAUGACUUUAUUGAUUCAGUGGGGAACGAUGUGGAUGUUGUCUCUGACUCCGAAAACAUAAAAAAGCUCCUGAAGAUUCCCUACAGCAAAUCACACGUGAGCAUGGCGGUGCACCGUAUAGGGAGGACUCUCUUACUAGAUGAGUUAGAUAUUCAGGAGCUUUUCAUGCGGUCUUCUCAGACUGGUGAUUGGACGUGGUUAAAAGAGUUUUAUCAAAGACUUAUUGAUCAGAAGUGGCAGAGGAAGAAAAAAAGCAAAGAACACUGGUAUCAGAAGGCUAUUCUUUCGAAGUUUUUAUAUUACAGCAUCAAUGGGGAUGGGGCUGCUCAGCCUGUCCCGCCUGCCGCAGAGCAGCAGGAAUCGUCCAGCUCAGGUCAGGCCACGGACUCGGAUGGGGCUUCAUGGCCCGCCCCCUUUGAAAUGCCUUCUUCAGUCUCUGAAGACCCCAGUGCUUCCAGUCAGGGAAGUGAGCCUCUUGAACUCUCAUACAUAGUGGGGCAUGUGGCCUCAGCACCUAAAGAACAAAACCUGACUACUUUAUUCAGUGACGGGGAGAACAGUCAGGGUCUUAAAAAUGACUUUGUUCGGAAUAUUUUGUGGACGUUUGAAGAUAUACACAUGUUAGUCGGCUCCAACAUGCCUAUAUUUGGAGGAGGCAGGUAUCCAGCAGUCAGCUUACGUCUCAGGGAUAACAACAAACCAAUUAACGUGCUAACUGGAAUUGACUAUUGGUUGGAUAACUUGAUAUGCAAUGUACCGGAGCUUGUCAUGUGUUUUCAUGUAAAUGGAAUUGUACAGAAGUAUGAAAUGAUAAAGACAGAAGAGAUUCCCAAUUUGGAAAACUCUAAUUUUUCUACUAAAGUCAUAAAAGACAUUGCACAGAAUAUUUUAUCAUUUUUGAAAUCUAAUUGUACCAAAGAAGGACAUACCUACUGGCUAUUUAAAGCAAGUGGCAGUGAUAUAGUGAAGCUCUAUGAUCUCACUACGCUUUGUGAAGAAACUGAAGACAAAUAUCAAAACCCGUUCACAAUGCCAGUGGCUGUUCUCUUAUAUAAGGUUGCCUGCAACAUGAUGAUGAAGAAGGGUCAAAAUAAGAAGCACUACGGGACAGUGCGCACCCUGCUGCUGAACUGUGUGAGGUUGCUGGACAAAAGCAGGCACCCUCAGAUUAUUGCUUCAGCCAAUUACAUGCUUUCAGAACUUUUUCAAUUGGAUGAACCUAAAAAAGAAGAAAGUUCAGAAUCUCCGUUAAAUGAGAAUUCUGAUGAAAGUUACAGUGAAGAGGAGGAGGAGAUGCCAGACAGCGAUGAGAACGGAUCCUACAGCACCUGUUCUGAUCCGUCGGAUGAUAACAAAGCAGUAGCUAUAAUUAAGUCUGUUGGAGAAUUGUCAGUUCCAGAAAAAUACAAAUCUAUUCAUCAGAUCAGACCCAGUUGUGCGUUUCCAGUUUGCCAUGACACAGAAGAACGCUGUAGACUUGUGCUUAGCUAUGUUCUGGAGGGUUUAAAAUCUGUGGACAGCAGCAUCAAAAAAGAAAGGGACCUCCCUGCUGCUGACCCCAACACCCCAAUCCCACUAAAAUAUGAAGAUGAAUCCACAAGGGGGGGUCCUGAGGCUCUGGAGAAGCAGAUGGCCUUGUUUUUGGACAAAAAUCGUUCUAACAAGAACAUAAGGAACCUGCUACCUCCCGUUACCUGCCGUGAGGAACUAAUGCCUCAACCCGUGGGCUCCCUUCAGAAGGGUAAUUAUUCCAGUCAAUCUGGAAUGAUCCCUGGUUCUUGGCAACAUAAAAUGAAACUCCAGCUGAUUCUCAAGUCAUCAAAGGCCUAUUAUGUUUUGUCUGAUGCUGCCAUGAGUCUUCAGAAAUAUGGGAGAGCGUUACGAUACAUUAAAUUAGCUUUGCAGAGCCAUGACACUUACUGCUGCCUCUGCACCAAUAUGCUUUCUGAAGUGCUGCUGUUCCUUUCUCAGUAUUUAACACUCUGUGGUGAUAUCCAGCUAAUGCUGGCCCAGAAUGCAAAUAACAGAGCGGCACACCUUGAGGAGUUUAAUUACCAAACAAAAGAAGAUCAGGAGAUACUGCACAGCCUCCACAGGGAGUCCAGUUGUCAAGGAUUUGCAUGGGCAACUGAUUUGUCUACAGACCUAGAAAGUCAACUUUCAGUUAGUUGUAAAUGUUAUGAGGCUGCUAAUGAAAUCUUGCAAUUUAGUGACUUGAAAAAUCAAAAUCCAGAACACUAUGUACAAUUAUUGAAGAGAAUGGGAAACAUUAGAAAUGAAAUUGGUGUCUUUUACAUGAAUCAGGCUGCUGCAUUACAGAGUGAGAGAGUGGUGAGCAAAACUGUGUCUACCGCAGAGCAACAGUUGUGGAAAAAAAGCUUUUCUUGUUUUGAAAAGGGAAUUCACAACUUUGAGUCAAUUGACGAUGCCACAAAUGCCGCCCUUUUAUUGUGUAACACGGGACGACUCAUGCGAAUCUGUGCACAGGCGCACUGUGGUGCAGGUGAUGAAUGUAAACGUGAAUUCUCACCAGAAGAAGGCUUAUAUUACAAUAAGGCUGUUGAUUACUAUCUGAAAGCUCUCAGAUCCUUGGGAACACGGGACACACACGCAGCUGUGUGGGACUCAGUGAAUUGGGAAUUGUCCACUACUUACUUUACAAUGGCAACUCUACAGCAAGAUUACGCUCCACUGUCUAGAAAAGCUCAAGAGCAGAUUGAAAAAGAAGUCAGUGAGGCUAUGAUGAAAUCCCUGAAAUACUGCGACGUGGAUUCGGUGUCUGCUCGACAGCCUCUUUGUCAGUACCGAGCUGCAACCAUCCAUCACAGGCUGGCGUCCAUGUACCACAGUUGUCUGAGGAAUCAGGUUGGUGAUGAACAUCUUAGGAAGCAGCACCGGGUACUAGCAGAUCUUCAUUACAGCAAAGCUGUAAAGCUUUUUCAGCUUCUGAAAGACGCUCCAUGUGAACUACUUAGAGUACAGUUAGAAAGAGUAGCAUUUGCAGAAUUUCAGAUGACCAGUCAGAAUAGCAAUAUUGGAAAAUUAAAAACACUAUCUGGGGCUCUUGAUAUAAUGGUGAGAACUAAGCACGCAUUCCAGCUCAUCAGAAAGGAGCUUGUAGAGGAAUUUGACCAGCCCAAGAAUGAAGAGACCCCUCCAGCUGCUGAUUCUGCUCCUAGUCUUAACCGAGAAGAAGUGAUAAAACUCCUCAGUAUAUUUGAGUCUCGCUUGUCAUUCCUUCUUCUUCAGUCCAUCAAACUGCUUUCUUCAGCUAAAAAGAAAACAAGUAAUAACCUUGAAGAAGAUGUAGUCCUCAAAACCAACAAGCAGACUUACUCGCAGCUUCUGAGAGCUACUGCGAACAAAAACACAUCUCUCUUGGAAAGAAUUGACGUUCUCAUCCAUUUACUGGACCAGCUGGCUCGCGGCAGCGGUGGAGGCGGUGGUGCUGUUCAGUGACUCCCGCCUGGGGCUGCAUCCGCAGAGAUGCUGUCGGUGCCUUCUGCACUCGGGGGCUAGUGUGUCCAUUUGGUGCUUCAUUUCAUUAAAUGUGAGGGAAAUAUCCACUUACAGCAGGCACAGCAGUGAAAACACAGGGUUCUCAUUUCCCAUGACAAACAAUCGUGGUUGAGUUCUUUGGCUUCUUCAUUGGAGGGGCCAACAUCAGAAUCAGACCUAGAGCUCCCACGUUCGUUUGUUUGAGAAGUAUUUGGUACCUCAAUAUUAGCAGACUUGCUGUGAGGCAGUUAACACUUUUAAAUAUUUUUGAAGUAUGUUAAGCUAUGCGGGUUUAAGAGAUAAUUAUCUUGGAUAAGUGUUACUUUGGUCAAGGGAACUUUUAUCCAAAUUAUUUUAGUGGUUCAGGUGGGUUAAAGAAACUUCCUGUACAUCCAGUGUUUCCUUCUCAUUUGCACAGAAAAAGCCACCCUUUCUAAGCUUCAGUACAGGAUUUUUCGAAGACUAGCCAUUGUGCGAGUCUGCCUUUAGUGCAUGUUCUGAACGGAUCUGCUUUUCUUUGACUUUGUAUGACAGUUGAUCAAGAUAGGUACUCCCCCCCACCUCUUUUUUUCAUUUUAAACUUGAAACUGUGAAUAAGGUAAGAAAACUAUUUUGAAUAAA